AAAGUUCGAGUCGAGCCGUCAGAGAACGUGCGCCUCCAGCAGUGUUGUGCAUCGAGGAGAUAUAAACAAUAAUAAACCAAAUCGUUUCAGUUGAUUUUAAAUAGAUACCUAUUUCAUGAGUUUUUACAAUAUAUAAAUACCUAUGUAUAGUGAUAAUAGUAUCAACUGAUUUAGAUUGAAAGCUUCAAGAAAAUUGGCCGUCAUUGAGUACAAAACACAGAGGAACGACAGCAGAAAUCGUCAAUUCAAUACAUCCCUUGCCAUUCAAAAUCAACCCGACUGAGGAAAUAUUUCUUGCGAUGCCACAGGACUCAAAACGGGAAAGGAAAAGUACGCAGUCCACGAUGCAUUCGAAAAGAAGUCACUGGAAUGAAGCCCCCUUGUCGCCGUGUCCCAUUCCGGACAUUAGUGACGAUGAGCUGGUGUCGAUCUCAGUACGGGAUCUGAACCGUACCCUCAAGCUUCGGGGACUCACCCGGGACGAGAUCGUCCGGAUGAAGCAACGGCGUCGGACGCUGAAGAAUCGUGGAUACGCCGCAAGUUGUCGGAUCAAGCGGAUCGAGCAGAAAGACGAACUGGAGACGGAAAAGUCGCAGGAAUGGCGCGACAUGGAAAAGAUGCACGAGCAAACCAACCGGAUGCGGGACGAGGUGGAUGCCCUGCGGAACAAGUACGAAGCGCUGCGGAAGUUUGCUAUCGGUGAAAAGAUUCCACUGCCACCGGAGUUGGACAUUUUGGGUUAGAGGCAAGAUAUUCCUUUAGAGUUUUAGGAUGGUGUAGCUUAAAGUGGGGGAAUUCCCGUAUGUAUAAUUUAGCAGAAAUUAGUAGGUUUAUGUUAAUUUGAACUAAGUGGUGUUUGUUAAUUGAUAUUUUCUUGUGUAAAGUCAAUCAUCAUACAAUACUAUGAUAAUAAAUAAUUUUAACGAAAGCAA